AUGGGAACCCACGCGGUACUUGCGAAUGGGGGUUUGAUUUCCGUAAGUGGUACUCAAAUGGUGGCUACAGCAGCGAAGCAUCAUUCUACACCCGUUGUAGUGUGCACCGGAUUAUACAAGCUGUCACCGCUAUAUCCAUAUGAUGAAGAUUCAUUUAAUGACCUCAUCGCACCCGAUUCAGUAUUAAGUUUUGAAGAAGGCGAACUGAUAGAUAAGGUGACUUUACUAAAUCCCUACUACGACUAUGUUUCACCCGAACUAUAUUGUUCUAUAUUUUAUGUUAGUGGAGGGCAUCCUCCUUCAUACUUGUACAGACUUAUAAACGAAAACUAUGAUGCCGAAGAUACAAUCAUAUAG